AUGUUACUCGAUCCCUCUCUCGCCACCUGGCGUUGCUACUGUCAUGUUCUUUCCUCUUACAGCGUUGCGAAGGAAUAUUUGUUUUGUUGCUUGCAUGCGUUCUAUAAAAGAUAUUCCAUGAACAUUGGUUGUACAGCCUGCACGAAUCCUAGCCGUUUGGGAGGAAGAAUGAAGGUCGCUCCUGUGUAGGGUGUUCAUUUUACUACUAUUCCCCCAUCUCGCGUUCCUAGUGUGUGUCAGCCCAUCUAUCAGGGUGGAUCAAUGCUGGAUUCUCUGCUUCAUACAAACUCCUAUCCGUUCUCUCGGCCCGCUACACUCGCUUGCCUCGUACCCGGGGGCGCAUCUAUCAGCAUAGAUAGCCCUGCGCUGGCUCCAAGCGGGCCUUGAGGUAGAUAUGCUGUAGUUUGGAAUACUGCGGUUUGGACGGUCGGGUUGGAAAUGCCGGUGGUGUAAAAAAGUCAAAUUCAUAUUUUCCCUCGUCGCACUGUUCUCGGCGGCUGCCAAGCUCGGUGCUUAGCGGCCUGUACACACAAAAUGUCGACCAGAACGCCAUUGCCCACUGUGAAUGAGCGUGAUACAGAGAAUCACACUUCUGUGGAGGGCUACCAGGAGCCCCCGGCCCCGCCGGCUAAGUCGGGGAGUCGGCACAGCCUGCCGAGAUGUCGGAACUCUGUGGCGUCCACGACAGACGAGCAGCCACACAUCGGGAACUACCGGCUGCUCAAGACCAUUGGCAAGGGGAACUUUGCCAAAGUCAAGCUGGCCCGGCAUAUACUGACAGGACGAGAGGCUGAGUGA